ACUACACAAUCUGAGAUUUCUAUGUCUGGUGAAACUGGGAACUGGAUCAUUGAAUUAAUAUUUGAUGCUAAAGUUAUCAUUAAUAGCACAUAUGGUGGUGAAGUCAAAACCUCCAGUCCCGAUGAGCUCACAUUCACAUUAGGUGGCGAUCCCCUAAAAGCUGGUGAAAAUCAUACCAUUCAAUAUCAGGCACAUUUUGACCAUAAUGCCGGAGCUAACCUUAUUAGCGCAAAAUUUAACGACAAACCCAUAGAUAUCGGACCGGUAGCCACUGUAUGGCCCAUAACCGUAUCGCCUGUCGGCCCAAAAGGCAACUACAACUACGGGGCUGUCAUUCACGCCUCCCUACUCUUCUAUGAGGCCCAGAGGUCCGGCAAAUUACCCGCAGAUAAGAGGGUUCACUGGAGGGGCGACUCUAUGCUGGACGACGGGAAGGACGUGGGAAAGGAUCUGACGGGCGGUUACUUCGAUGCCGGAGAUCUGGUGAAGUUUGGUUUCCCGAUGGCCUUCACAAUGACUGUCCUUUCGUGGAGUCUCGUCGACUACGAGGACGCCUACAAAAAGGCCGGGGAGUUGGAGAAUGUGCGCAAUGCUAUCAAAUGGGGGACAGACUACUUCCUGAAAUGCCACACAAGCGAUACUGAAUUCUACGGACAGGUAGGCAAUGGUAAUGAGGACCACGCCGUGUGGGGUCGACCUGAGGACUGGCCUAAAACUAAGAAAGUUAGACCAGCAUAUAAAGUGACCUCGGCACACGGAGGCAGUGAAUUGACUGGUGAGACAUCGGCAGCCCUGACCGCCGCUUCCCUGGCCUUCGCGAAGUCUGAUCCGACAUAUUCAGCGACACUCCUAACUCACGCCAAGUCUUUGUACGCAUUUGCCGACAAAUACCGGGCUAACUAUACCAUAGAAAUACCGGACGUCAAGAGUUUCUACAACAGUAUCUCAGGCUAUGGCGAUGAGUUGGCCUGGGCGGCCACGUGGCUGCUCAGGGCUACCAAUGAUAGCCAUUAUAAGGCCGAAGUGGACAAACACUUCAAAGAGUUUACCAAACAGUUGGACCACUCGGGCGGCUUCGGGUGGGACGAUAAAUCGGCCGGUGCUCACGUGCUAUUGGCUCAGAUAGUGGGCGACAAGAAGUACAAGGAUUAUGUUCAGGGAUAUUGCGAUUGGGCAGUGAAUCAAGCGCCUAAAACACCCAAAGGAUUGGCAUUUAUGGGGGAAUGGGGUUCACUCAGGAGUAUAUCAAAUGUUGUUUUUAUUUGCCUUCAGGCGGCAAAACUUGGUAUCAAUGAGAAGGUGUACCAAAAGUUUGGUGAAACUCAAAUCGGAUACAUAUUAGGCGAUACGGGCAGGAGUUUUGUGGUGGGCGUAGGGGUCGACCCACCCUCACACCCCCAUCACAGGCCGUCGUCGUGUCCCAACCCGCCGGUGGUUUGCGACAGCUAUGCGUUUAAUAAUCCCGGCCCUAACCCGCAUACCCUUACCGGCGCACUGGUAGGUGGUCCCGAUGUGAAAGACGGGUACAAUGAUACCCGGGAUGAUUACGUGCACAAUGAGGUGGCCUGUGAUUAUAACGCCGGCUUUCAGGCAUCUCUGGUAGCGCUCCUACACCUCAAAUCCAAUGAAUAG